CCCGCCGCCCGCCGCCCGCUGCCUUCUGCCGGCGCCGCCCGAGGCCCAGGCCCGAUGCUCCCGAGACGGCGGCAGGCGCGGGUCGGGACCCCCUGCGCCGUCUCCUCCGCGGUGCGCUUCCCCGGCAUCGCCAUCUACUUGGCGGAGCCGCGCAUGGGCCGCAGCCGCCGGGCCUUCCUCACGCGCCUGGCGCGCUCCAAGGGCUUCCGCGUGCUGGACGCCUACAGCUCCGAGGUGACACACGUGGUGAUGGAGCAGACCUCAGCCGAGGAGGCCGUCCGCUGGCAGGAGAGCAGGCCGGCCCCGCCCCCAGGUGGCACCCCCCCGACCCUGCUGGACAUCAGCUGGUUCACAGAGAGCAUGGCAGCUGGGCAGCCGGUCCCUGUGGAGGGCCGGCACCGCCUGCAGGUGGCUGUGCCGAGGGAGGUGCUGCCAAACCCAGUGUGGAUGCCACUCUAUGCCUGCCAGCGUCCCACGCCCCUCACACACCACAACACCAGCCUCUCGGAGGCGCUGGAGAUGCUGGCAGAAGCCGCGGGCUUUGCAGGCAGCGAGGGCCGCCUCCUUUCCUUCUCCAGAGCAGCCUCCGUGCUCAAGGCGCUGCCCUGCCCCGUCACAGCCCUGAGCCAGCUGCAGGGCCUGCCCCAUUUCGGAGAACACUCCUGCAGGGUCAUCCAGGAGCUGCUGGAACAUGGAGUGUGUGAGGAGGUGGAGCGAGUCCAGCGCUCAGAGCGGUACCAGAGCAUGAAGCUCUUCACCCGGAUCUUCGGGGUCGGAGUGAGGACUGCUGACCAGUGGUACCGGGAAGGACUGCGGACGCUGGACGACGUCUGGAAGCAGGUGCAGAGACUGACCCAGCAGCAGAAAGCAGGCCUCCAGCACUACCAGGACCUGAGCAGCCCCGUCCAGCGGCCAGAUGCCGAGGCCCUGCGGCAGGUGGUGGAGGCGGCCGUAGGGUGGGCCCUUCCUGGGGCCACCGUCACACUGGCUGGUGGCUUCCGGAGGGGGAAGUUGCAGGGCCAUGACGUGGACUUCCUCAUCACCCACCCCGAGGAGGGCCAGGAGGUGGGGCUGCUGCCCAGGGUGAUGCACUAUUUGGAGCAGCAGGGCCUUGUCCUGUAUCAGCAGCAUCAGCGCAGCCCCAGUGGAGACCCUGCCCGCCUGGUCCCGAAGGGCCACUCCAUGGACACCUUUGAGCAGAGCUUCUGCAUAUUUCGUCUGCCAAGGCCCCCAGGGACAGCCAAGGGGGGGACCUGGAGUGCCCAUCCCUCCUGGAAGGCUGUGCGUGUGGACCUGGUGGUCGCCCCCAUCAGCCAGUUCCCCUUUGCCCUGCUGGGCUGGACUGGCUCCAAGCAUUUUGAGCGGGAGCUCCGCAGAUUUAGCCGGAAGGAGCGGGGUCUGUGGCUGAACAGCUAUGGGCUGUUUGACCCGGAGCAGGUAUGUGGCCGGGGCAGAAGACAGGUAGUCCUGGACCCGACAGAGAGGGUCCUGAGGGGAGCCGCAUGGUGGAGGGCCCAGCACCAAGGCCCACACUCUGUUGCAGAAGACCUUUUUCCAAGCGGCUGCCGAGGAGGACAUCUUCAGACAUCUGGGCCUGGCAUACCUUCCCCCAGAGCAGAGAAACGCCUAAUCCCCCCUGCAGCCCUCAGCCACUCCUCGGGAUGGGGGCUGCUCAGGCAGCCAGAUCAUGGAUGCCCUUGGACACUGACCAUCUGCAGGCCGGAGAGGUUGCUGCAAUCCUCACCCUCCUCGGGGAGCCCCUGUGCACCCCCACUCCCCCAUGCACACCCUGCCCAAGAUGCAAUGAAAUGAUAACAUGGAGCAAACCAGGCUGUUUUCUGAAAGUGUUGAUGUGCGAGGGGGUGGAGGGGUGGGGGUGGGGGCUAGGGCACCUCACCACCCGCUGUUGGUGAGGUGGGCCCCAUGGCUGUGUGACCCUGGGGUCCUGAAGGGUGAGCUGGGCAUCUGGAGAGUAUUGCCAUGGUUACAGUACUGUCUUCCAGUCCAUAAACACAAGUACCUCUCUGUUUAUUUAGAUCUCCUUUAGUUUUAGUGAUGCUUUAAAGUUUUCAGAAUAAAUUUAUAUUAAAAAUUUAUAAACUUUAAUAAAUUAUUAAAUUUAUUAGUA